AGCAAAAUUUUGACAGACGUCUGCUGUCACUCGAAGGUUUUGUUUCUGGGGAAACGUGUUGGUUAUCGCGAAAAUCAAUAAGCCUUUAACUACAAGUGGAAAGGCUUCGUUUAGCUCAUAUUGCCAGUCUAUUCAAGGCGCAAAAAUGGCUAGUCCAGCCAAGUCCAGGAGCCGCAGCCGUUCAGUCAGCUCUGCAAGCAAAAAAAGCCGCUCUAGGAGCGCCAGUUCCUCACUCAGUCGAUCCCGAUCACGAUCGCGCAGUGGAAGCAGUGAACGAGAUGGUUACAGGCUCCACAUUGCUGAUAUCGGUGACGAUGUCCGAAAGACUGAUUUGGAGAAGGUGUUUGCGCCCUAUGGGGAAAUCAAGGAAGUGUGGCUGACGAACAGUACGCCAUGCUUUGGUUUCGCAGUUUUUAAGGACAAGAAGGAUGCGGCAGUUGCCCUGAAAGCCUGCGAUGGGGCUGAAGUUUGCGGCUGUCGCAUUCGAGUUACAUACGCCCGACCCAGAACCAGGGGUCAAGGGCGCCGCUAUUACUCGAAUAACAUGAGAUGCUAUCAGUGCGGCUACAACGGCCACUUUUACAGGGACUGCCCGGAAAUUACCGGCGGAAGCGACAACCGAAAGGACCGGCACAUGGUAUUAGUUGGUAUGAUGUUUUGGUUAUUCAUAUUCUGGGUAAAAGAGAGUUGGUUAAAAUGGUCACGAUGGUCAGAUCCAGUUGAUCCGAUGGGUCCAAAUGGGGUAUUAUGGAAUGGCUGAAAAUGAUGAUGAUGAUGAUGAUGAACUGGUGGCCAUGUCAUGGGGGUCGUUUAUGGUUAUUUGGUCUGGUUUUUAGUUACGGAAGGGAAAGGAGAAGCCACCGUAGCGACCGUGAAAAAGAUUACGGUAGCAGAAGCAGGAGAUCUUCUUUCAGAUCUCGCAGAAGAUCGACGGAUGAGUUUGGUAGAAGGCGGCGAUCUGAAGGUAGUAGCAGGCGACACCGCUACUAGGGUAAGUUAGUGUAAGGGAAACUAAAAAAUUGUUUCAUUAUAUUUGAUUAGGUUUAACCACUUUACUGGUUUAAUGAAAUGUUAAUUUGUCCGGUUUGGGUUUCUCUCGGGUCAUGUUUGCUUCAAAUAUUGUGUAACACGUUCAGUGUUGUUGUAAUUACAUUAUAAACAACUACAUAUUCAGUAGAUGGCAAUUCGGAUAACAAUGCGCAGCGACAUUUUCUCUACAUUAACACUGAGCGUGUUGAAAAAACGACCUUAUUAUGUAUUUUACAGGCAAAGUGUAAAAUUUUACAGGCAAGUUAGAUGAGUCAACUUAUCAACCAGUAUGUUGUUUAAUGUAAUGUGCGCCUAAACAGUUGUCUAAAAUACGAUUUUUUCCGCAUAUAAUAAUGUUGAAUAAACUUUAGUUGCAUUUUAGAAGACUAUGGCGUUAAUGCGAGAUAUAUGAAUCUGUGUACUAGUAAUAGGGCAAAUAGAUUUUUUUGAACUC